UGUGCUGUGAGCAGUCGCCAGUGAGACGCGGCAGCCCGCGAGCCGUUCCGCGUAUCGUCGUCCUCUUUCUCUCUCUCUCUCUUUCUCUCCCGCGCAUACACACGUAUCAUUGAUAAUAUAUAUAUAUAUAUAUAUAUAUAUGUACAGAGAGUACGCGUAUAUCCUUCGUGCACACGCGUGAAGUGGUGGAAAAAAAAGAUUACGUUGACAAAAUAUUCCUCUCUGGAAUCAUCCGUUAGUACGCUAUCGACGACGACGACAACGACGACGAUUACCUGGAUCGUCGUCAACGUGCUGUGCGCGUUCUGUGUGGUUCGUACAACGUGUGUGUUUGUGUGUAUGUGUCGUGUUGUAAAAUUCUUCGAGUUUUAUAACGCUCUCGCGCCGUGCGGUACAAACAGGAAUCGGUCUCGCGCUCGCGCAAUAAGUGUCAAUUCAACCAACCAACCAACCACCUACACACGGCCAACAAUAUAUCGCAUCGAAGAGCGCGCGCGAAAAAAGCGCACGCAUACACAAUCGUGCGCUGCUGUUAACGACUCUCAAGAUGGCUGCCGACUCGGGAAUGGAGACGUGUCCCUCCCCAGAAAUCGCGGAUUCGAGGAAGCGACCCCUCGACUGCGACGUGGAAAACGGGGCAACCAAAAGGUCCCAUUACGGUUCAGGAGGAGAUGGCAUGUAUCACCUCAAGGUACUGGUGCCGGGUGUUGCCGCAGGUGCCAUUAUUGGCAAAGGUGGCGAAACCAUUGCCCAGUUACAGAAAGAUACAGAAGCGAGGGUCAAAAUGUCCAAGGCUCGUGACUUCUACCCAGGAACUUCGGAACGAGUCUGCUUAAUAACAGGCAGCGUAGAAGCGAUAAUGGCCGUUAUGGAUUUUAUAAUGGAAAAAAUUCGUGAAAAGCCUGAUCUUACACCCAAAACGACUGUUGACUUUGACACAGGAAAAGCAACAGCUGAAAGAGACAAACAGGUAAAGAUACUCGUACCGAACAGUACAGCGGGUAUGAUAAUCGGCAAAGCCGGCAACUAUAUAAAACAGAUAAAAGAAGAAUCCGGCUCUUACGUGCAAAUAAGCCAAAAGGCCAAGGACGUUUCGCUACAAGAACGUUGCAUAACUGUGAUCGGGGAGAAGGAAAAUAAUCGGAAUGCGCUUCUAAUGAUCCUUGCUAAAAUAGCUGACGAUCCCCAGAGCGGUACAUGCUUGAACGUCAGUUACGCCGAUAUUACGGGACCGGUGGCCAAUUACAAUCCAACGGGUAGUCCUUAUGCUCAAGCACCGACAACAACGCCAACUUACACGCCACCUGCCGGCCUCAACACCGGUGAGCAAUUGAGUCUGCUGAACGGAGCUGGUCUGAGUUUAAAUUUGAAUCUCGGAGCGGCGAUAACAACGGGAACGGCACCGGUAACGACUCAAUUGCUCGAGCAUAUAAAAUUGAAUCUACGAAGCACGGGUUUUUCGGAGCCAGCGGCAACGGAAAUAUUGACGGCGAUCGCGACACUGGCAAAAUACAAUAUCCUCGGUAUGGGUAUAGGUAUGCCGUCGAGCGUGAGUUAUCUCGGUAAUCCGAUAGAGACAACGACGACGGCCAACGGUUCGAACAACAACGGCGGUGUAUUCGGUCCUAUCGGUACGGUACCGGCCCUCGGAACAACCUCGCCAACACCGAGAAAUCCGCUCGAUCGAUACGAGCCGUUCGAUCCAUUCCGACAGAACAACACAGCGGCAAGCGCGAUACAUCUCAACAACAAUUCGUUCGGGCUGGGAACGAAUCAAUUGUCACUCGUAAGUAAGAGUCCUACUCAGGUAGACGCCAGCAGCAAGGAGACCAAGAAAGUAGAUAUAGAAAUUGCAGAGAUUAUAGUGGGAGCUAUACUGGGACCAGGCGGUCGUUCCCUCACUGAGAUUCAACAUCUGAGUGGGGCCAACAUACAGAUAUCUAAGAAGGGCGUAUUUGCUCCCGGUACGAGGAAUCGAAUUGUCACUAUCACGGGUUAUCCGAGUACUAUCGGAACCGCUGAAUACCUGAUACAGCAGAGGAUCAGCGAGGAGGAGGCUAAACGCGCACGUCACAAUGCCAUUGCCGGCAUGAUUCAUUGAUUACCCGAAAUUCCUCCCUCCUCCGCCCCCGUCGCCCCAGCCGUCGUUGCUGACCCUCUUCUACACGUUCACAUCACCGAGUUUAACCCAAACUUUGACACCGUUAACGCCAACAAACUCGACUCAACUUGACUCAACCCCUUUUCCUCCUGCCCCCCCCCCCCCCCAUCUAUUCAUCGUCGUUCGAUCCCCAAAAGAUCAAACUCUACGAAACACGUUUCAACUCGCUGACAAAUACGAAAACAAAUCUGUCAGCGAUCAUUGCAAGAGAGCUAAAAAUUGAAAACUGAAAACACACACACACACACUCGGGCACAGAUAUACUCGGAUACACCCAGUCUCCCACGCAACUCUUGAUAGAAUACGAGAUAACGCCACCUCCAUCUCCUCCUGCGUCUUCUUCUUCUUCUUCUUCUUCUUCGUAUUGGAAUGUUAACCAAUCCUGGCCCCCUCGACAUUUGAGACGAAACAGCAACGGCUUUUCUCUCGUCUUCCCCGACUAUUUUCUUGUUCAUUCCGAGAAAAAGCACAUUCGACAACAACGGAGGUUGGUUGACGUGAAAAAAAUGUCUUUCUUUGGACAUCGAUUAUCCGAAUAUAGGGCACAACUCGUCGAGAAAAGUUUAGCUAAGAAUUAAAAAUUCAAAGAUGAAAACAUUGUCGUCGCUGUCGCCUAGCGACGCUGAUGAUAUACGGGGAAAAAAGAACAAACUAAAGCGAUAUAUUCGACGUAAGAGAGAACAUUCUUAUUGUUCAAUUGUUAAAUUUUGAUUGAUCACUUUCAUUUAAUCGCAUCACACAGUUCCAUACACGUAUCCAUCACACGUCACUUCUCGACGUUUAUCCAACAUUUAACAUUCUCGUUACAUAAUUAUCGAUAUAUAGACUACUACAAUUGUUCUGUGAUACACCACAUUACGGGGCUUUAUCACGCAUAUUGUUGCAUAUACAUCAGAGCCAGAUACAACAUAUAUUAUUAGCACGUGUCGGUAACUCUUGUAUACAUGCAUGUAUAAUGUAUAUAUGUAUAUGUCUCAGGAUUAUGAAAAUGGUAGUUUCCGAAAGUUGGUUUGGUUUUUAAACUAAAAAUUCAACAUCUUUGGCAAUCGUCGGAUAUUUAAUGCGUACUUGCCGAGGACACGCGACGCCACGAACAACCACGUUUGUUUUUUUUUUUUUUUUUUUUUUCUUUUCAACAAUUCGUGCCUCGAAUCGUUGCGAGAAAAUCCGAAGAUUUUUCAGUUGGACGAGCGCCGCGAGCAUGCCUUGACGAUCAUACCAAUUAUCUAUCCGAUCCGAUAAUGUUUAAAGACCGCGAUAGAAACAAACUUUGGAAAGCGAUACGAAGAAUUUUCAAAGCUCCGCCCCGAUAUGAGGAUCGUAAUCAUUUUUUCUUCUUAGCAAUACGAGCGACUUUAGUCAAACAGCUUGCGUUUAAAUAUUUCUUUCGAUUUAUCAAAUAUCGACGCGUAUUUGUUCGACACGAUAAAAGGAGCUUCGAAAAAAAUCGUUCGCACGAAUACCAAAGAUUAAUAAAGUACGGACGAAGAAAGCUUUCGAUCACACUCGAAUAUUAAGUAUGUAUACAUGUAUGCAUAGCGUAUGUAUCAAUAUGUCACAUACAUAAAAUCAAUGUAUAUAUGAAUAUAUACGCACAUAUAGAGCUGGCUGGUCCGGCGAUCGAGAUCGCGUUUUAACGUCCAUUCAGUACGUUUUUCAAUCAUCUCGCGAUGCCCAUGAAUUUUCAAUUGAUACAAGUUGUGUUGUCGCUAUUUGAGCAUUUUCAAUUAAAAUGCCACAACCGCUAAUCGCGAGAAUCGUGACUACGAGGCAUGUUUUUUUUACCGACCUGGUGGAAUUUGUUCUUUUUUCUUCCAUUUCGUUAUAUUGAAGAUUUUCAUAUUCCAUUCCACGAUCGUUGUUUCUUCGCCCCUAGUAGGUUUUCGACGUCAUUGACGGCUGAGAUGUAUACAUACAUACAUACGCGUCAGAGAAUCGCCACGAAAUGGCGCUCGUUUGUCAAGAUAAAGAAAAAAAAAUAAAAUAAAUCGUGUUACGUAGCUAUUUAGAAAAAUCGAAAGGUGUAUAAAAAAAUAGCGUAAAACAGAGGCGAACAAUCCGAGGCGAAUUCACGUACGUUGAUGAUGAAAACAAAUAUUACAAAGAUUGCAAGAAAUAUGAUCUCUUGCAGUAUAAACAUUUCGGGCGACCGGCCGCAAAGCGAAUUUUAUGAAAUAUCAGACGCGUACAAAAAAUAGUGAGAAUAUUACGAAAAGAUUCGCCGUUUGCUAUGGUAUUUUUUUUUAAACCUAACAGACGGAGCACAGUUGGGACGGUAAAAGUGGGCUACGAGGAAUGCCCGUCCUCAAAUUUCCCAUACAACAACAACAACAACAACAACAACAACAACAACAACAAUAAUAAUAAUAUAAUGAGAUUGUUAUAUUUAUUACUAUUCGUGAAUUUGAGGCAUAUGAGAAGUUUGUUAAAAUAUUUACGAAUAUGGAAAAAAAACGACUUAAUUCCAUACGAUUUUCUUUGGGAGCUAGGGGGGCUGUUUUUGGGUCAAUCAAAUCCGUGUUCAAACUCCAGCAGCGUAGCAGCGAAUAGGGAGAGAGAGAGAGAGAGAGAGAGAGAACGAGUAAGAAAAGUUUUCUGGUCGUGCCGAUUAGCGAAUAAUAGGAGUAUAGUUAGUAAUCGUAAUGAAUUGACGCGCUGGUAAAGAAAAAAAAACAAAAAAAAAUAAUAAAAUAGUUAAAUAAAAACGAAGCAGUAAAUCUGAUGUAGAAUUUAACAAAAAAGAAAUUAAUAGGACGGGCUUGUGGAAGAACGACGAUGAAACAUCGUCGAUAAAAAGCGUGUACAAUCGCGGACUCGCGGAAAAUAGAACGAUAUAAACAUAAAGAGAGAAGGAGUGAGACAAAAAAAUGCAAAGGGCGCUGGAUCACCGCUUUUCGAAAAGAAUAAAAAGAUACAAAAUAACACUGAAAUAAUGAUGAAAUGUAUAUUUAUAAAUAUAUAACAUUAUUGAUGAUAAUAUAUUGACAGCAGGGAAAAACGCAGAGAAAUAUAUAUACAAGGCGUGAGAGAUAAAGGAAAAGAGAGAGAAAUAUAUAUAUACAUAUAUAUAUAUAUAUAUAUAUAAAUGAGAUAACGAGUAAUAGAAUGAUAUUAUAAAUAUUGUUGACAUAAUAUUUGCGUCCGCGAGUACGAGCAUGAUUAAAUAUUGUUUUACAAUUGUAUAUGUUGACUAUUGUAUGAAUUGACUCUCCGCGAGUCUCUUGUCCUUCGAGCUCCUAUCAUAUAUACGCAUAUGUAUAUAUAUUAUUCAUACAAACAUUCGAAAAGUGACAGAAAUAAUACAUUAUUCAUUCACAUAUUGUACCAUGAAGAUCGUGUUAAAUAGUUAAGGAAGUAAGGAAGUAAAUAUUUUGGAGAAAAGGUUGGCGGGCUGGGGUGGGAUAUGGGAAGUAUAAAAUUGUCAUAGCGUUAGGUGGGAGGAUCGAGAAAGGAAGAAAAGUGAAAAUUUGAUAUAGCUGCUCGUAUCGGUGUAAUUAGGUGGAGUACGAUUAGCGUAUAAGUGACGAUAGACGAUAAUAAUGAGCUGAUUUUAUUCUCAUUAUUUUAUUCUCCCAGGAGAUGGUUUACCGCGGCAUUCGUGCAUAUAUACGCAAGCAUUGCAUCGUAUAACACUAAUAAAUCUUGUAUGAAAUUAUACGGAAACCAUUACAACACUAUAUUAAUGAUGGAAAUGAGUAGGAAACUAUUAGUUUUUAACGAGUAUCAUCGUUGUUAAAUAAUGCCGUUUCAAAGGGCUCUUUUCAUCAUUCUCUUUCUCAAUGCGAAUCAUCGUUCGUGAAUAUUAAUUCGUCCCCGGCUUUAUCAAUCUCUAGAUUCAUACGGUUAUUAUUAUUAUUAUUCUUUUUCCCAUCCAUCCAUUUCACUCAUUCUUUCAUCGUCGCGAAAGUUACCUACCAUUGAUAAACGGGAAUAAUAUUGUAAAUAUCGUUGGAUCCUAUUUUGGAUGAGAAUCCCCCAUCGAACAACUUUCGGGUAGCAAAAGACAAAAUUGAAAAAGAAAACAUUACGCGUAUUACGUAAGAACGAUGAUGAAAUCUUUUGUUAUCGUGAGAGAGAAAGAGAGAGAGAGAAAAUAAUACGAAAUUACCUGUUUAAACGUAAAAUAAAAGGGAAAAUGAAAACGUCUGAAAGAAGAUGACGAUAAUGAAUAUGUAUAUAUAUUUUGUUGAAUCUCCAAUGCCGUGUAAAAAAUGUAGCAAUUUUGGUUUUGCGCAGGAAAAAUAGCUCCGCGGCAAGCGAACCUUCAUCGAGCAAGGACCGAAUUCGGGAUAAAGGAGCUUUCUUCUGCGCGUCUAUAUCCUGAACGUGGUAUAUAGGAAAAAAAAAAAAACUAAUCGCAAUGCGACACAGCAAAGGUGUGAUCGGGGAAUAAAAUAAAAAGUUUUUGCUAUUGCGCCGAUGACGGGGGAGAACCGAUCAAAACAGAAUCAUUCCCCUCUCCCUUUUGCUCACCAUUCGUGGGUGGGGGGAGCAAAUAAGCAUGAAAGAAAGAAUUCGAAACGCGUACAACGCUGAUCCUACUUUCCUCAAGAGAGAGAAAGAGAGAGAGAGAGAGAGAGAGAGAAAAGAAAGCUUGGGUAAGAAUCAAAGAGAUUAAUGCUUUUUCCGGACUUGUGGAGUUUUCAGGCUGAGUACCUUUUUUCUAUUAAUUUGUCCCCUCAACCCUGUCAUUUUAUUCUAAUUACCUUUAUUCACCAGCAUUAUGCCUUUGUCCGACGUUUUCUCGUUUAUUCAUUCAUUUCUUUUUUUAUUCCUUCGAAUCCGACGAAUCGUCCGAAAUGCUCGUUAUACUCUCCAAAGUCCGUUUCGAAUGUCUCUUUGGUAGUCCAAUAGACAAACUUCUUGUUGAAAAAAGAUAACAAAAAUUUAGCCGAAAAUGAUUAGUGUUUCCUCCCGAAAUUGAAAUCUUUUCAAAAUUUAUUCUUUCCAAUGCUACCUGCGAGUUGUUCGAAAAAAAAAAACCCACGAUGUUACUCUGUUGGUGGAAUAAAAAAGUUGAAGCGAAAUCGUUAACACUUGGAAUUCCCGUUUUCAAGCAUUACCAAUCGAUCAUUUUCACCAACUCAUUUCAUCACAUAAAAGUAUAUUAAAUCAUAAACAAAUAUAUAUAUAUAUAUUGAUAUAAAUGUGUUCUUGUAUGUGUGUGAAUGUGUGUGCGUGUGUGCUGGGUAUAUACAUUCAUAUAUUGAUGGUGCAUUGUAUUUCAUGGGAUUCGUAGAAAUCGAAUGUUCGCGCACAAUUGGACUCGUGUUUGUAGAAUUUGUUGGCUCUUGUUGUGCGCGAACGGCCGACUUGACGCGAAACUAAAAAUCAAGAAAAACACCUUAUCAUAAGUUGUAAUUUGAAAUGACUAUCGUAGAUACUACAGUAUCCUCGUCGAUCCUCGAUUAGCGAAUAAACACUGAGAAUCUAUAGUAUUGAAAAUGCAUAUUAAAAAUAUCGUAUACACGAACUUGAUCGACGUUUGAAAUCUGCUCUCACUGCUCGAAUUUUAUUCAAAUUUUAAUUACCCUCGACGAACUCACUUUUUGAGGAUCAUCGUCAUCAUCAUCAUCGUCAUCGUCAUCAUCAUCGUCAUCAUUCACUCGACACUGACACAUCAAAAAUUCGAACGCCAUUCGUAUUAAAAGUUUAGAAGAUUGAAGGGAGAUUUUUUCAUUUCGAGAUGGUUACCGGAGAUAUUGAAAUUCUCAGAGGUUCGCUUAAUUACAUUACAAAAUAUCGUAAACGUGUAACGAUAAAAUGGUGAAGAAAAAAAAAAUAAUAUCAACGAUACCGUAUACACACGAGCCGAGUUACCAGGAAGAGAAUGAGAAUUUCAUCUAUUCGAAUUGGUUUUAAAUUGAAACAACUCUCACUAGAACAAUCAUUGAAUAGACAGGAAAAAUCCAUUUCACGUUUGUAACGUUCAAAGCUACGGAAAACAGAUAACAUACAAUUCACGCGACCCGUCAAUAGGACUCUGCAUCCCGCGUCAUUUAAUAUCAUAAAACACACGACCCAACGCAUACGCAUGUGCACACAUACAUACAUAUAUAUAUAUUUGUUUUUAACCGUCUUUCAUAUUUCUUGAUUUUGGUGUUUUCAUUUGCUUAUCCGAUUUUCAUUGAAUCAUCUAUGCUUGAGGUAUCGACGACUCAUUUGCGUCAUUCAAUACCGAAGAUAUUAUAACGAUUGAAAUUAUGCAACAAAGUUUGAAUAAAAUUAUUAGUAUAAAAUGACUUUUAAGAGAAUCACGAAAUUCGAUCUCGGUAAGAGCGGGAUUAACGAGGAUCAGUAACAAAAAGAGGGAAAAUAUCUACCUAUAGAAACAAAAAUACUAUUAAAAAAACAAAAAGUGCAGUUACACGAUUCGAUCGCGAUAUAGUGCCAUAAAUACACGUCCCUUGGCCACGUUUCAAAUGAUUUGCCAACUAAAGACACGAGACAAAGAGAGAAAGGGUUUUUUAAAAAUUUGUAGAGGAAUUUUCAUCGCAUAUCUCGAUUUAUUCUAUUGCAACUCUGUUACGUGUUAUUUUUUCUCUCUCUCUUCUAUGCUCAAGCCUAUGACAUUUAAGGGAUUCCCCCAUCGAUUCUCACGAACGUGUGUUUGUACAAAAAAAAAAAAAAAUGAGAAAUUUUUUUAUCCAGAACCUUAACGGAUUUCAAUUUUGUCUUAUCAAAGUCCUGAGGAAUGAACAAAAUGCGAGGAAUUUCUUAUUUCACGAUACAGAAAAUUGCAGAGCUUUGGCGGUUGAUUUUUCGUUUGAUAUUUAUUGUUUGGGCUAAAAAUGAGAGCAAAUAUUGCUUCUGAAAAUUCAAUGGCACAGGGUCCCUUUAUUAUCUAUCAAUUCAGAACAACGUUAAAAGAAUGAAUUCAUAAAUCUCGAGUUUUGCCUUCAUUCUCAUAUUGAGUUUUAAUUUCAGACUCGUCGAGUCAAUAACUAGAGUUUAAUAAAACCCUCGAAGUGUUAAUAAUACCAAAACUAACGCCAAGCAAGGCUCGAAAUCUAACUCUGAGCAGGUAACGAACAAGAACUAAAAACUACUAUGCAACGUUGUACUAUGCAACGUGCUGCCUGAACGAGGGAUUUAAAUACGACCGUUAUUAUAGCGACGUAAACAUAAUAAAAAUAAAAUAGAAAAGAAGAAAAUCGGUCGAUGACGAAUAAAGUGUAUCGCGAUACAAUAGGCACAAAAAUUGAUAGCCAGAGCGCGUUCAGCCUUUUCCAAUUUUUAAUAUAAAUGGUUACUUCGAGUCUCUACCGAACACACACACACACACACAACGCAUCUUUAUACUUGAUUAUGAUUGGUGCGGCGACAAGACGAUUCCGAUAAGCACCGAAAUAUUCGAAACAAUCGGAAAAACUUAUCACACGCAUCAUAACUGUUACAUCCUUCGGUAGUGAGACAAAAAAGAAUUCGCAGUUUUACAUCAAUUAUAUCGUAUCUGUUGACAAUAGGCCGGAAGGAAAUGCUAAAAUCGUUGUUAUCUUGAUGAAAAAAAAAAGUGAGAUUAAAAAAAAUAAUCGUUUUGAGUGACAAGCCCGAAUCGUUAAAACGUAUAUAUAAAUAAGAAGCACGUGGUUGCUAUAUAUGAAAAAUAAAUAUGAGCAAACAAAUGGUACUGGUAGAAAGUUUGUUUUCACGACGAAAUGAGCCAGCCAACGUUGUUGGGUCAUUGUCAAGUUUGUGAUGAGAUACGAGAGAAGAUAAGUAAGAAGAGGGAUAACAAAAAUUAAAGAAAUUUAUAGAUCCUUUGAGGAUUGCUAGAGUACGAUGGGAAGCAAAGCCCCCAUUGUGAAUAAAUAAUUAUUAAAGAAUACGUUGAGCGCACUCGGGAAUUAAAUAAAAAUUUGUUCAACACUCUAUAUUCUCUGCGAGGGUGGCGCUGUGCUCAGUUUAUUUGUAUUUUUGUCGUUGUUUGCGAACACUCGUGUAUGCAGCGUGUGUUGUUUCGAGUGAUAUUUCACUUGAAAUCGAUCAGGCCUAAAGUUCAAAAACUACGAAUCAGUUUUGAUCGAACCCAACGCGUUUUGAAUUCAUUAGGCAGUUGCAUUCGGUCAAUAAUAACACAAGAAUUUUAUUCUCUGUCGACCCACGAACCCAGCAGCGCCGUCUCGCUCUAUUACCGAUGCGAACUUGACAAAAAAACUAUAGGUUCAUAUAACGAUAAGAUGACGUUCGGUCGUGCAUCUUAUCGAGAUUAAAAACGAGAGAAAUCACUAGAGAGACGACACUAAAGUAUAGAAAUAGACACGAAUACGCGGUCAAAAGGUUCGUACGAACAAGGAAAAACUGUUCUCAAUGCCGUAUCAUCGGAAGUGUUUAGAUAUUGUUAAUAACUUGGUUAUUAUUAUUAUCGACUUGUUUUUUCAUGCUGCCCCGCGGGUAGCGAUGUUCGGUGCACCUUGCCGUUCGUCGAGUACCAGCAGCAGAAUCGCCAAAAUUCAAAGCAAAACUCUAGAAAAUAAUUUGAAGCUCACUCGUGCUUUAUAAAAUUCCAAAACGUCAACAAUUUAUUUAGAAUUUCGAGAUUUUAGGGACGAUACAUCUCCCGUUGCAGCACCGAUUAAAAACUAGUCGAUUUUGUACAAGAAAAUCGAAACGUUGAGAAAAACAAGUGGAGGGAUAUUGAAAAUUCAAGCACCGUAGAAAAUCGCUUAUAAAGAGGAAUAUUUAUACGUACCUUGUUGACUCUAAGUAUACACGUGUAUGCGUGUGUGCGCGCGCACGCACACAUGCAUACGCAUAUACAUAUUUCAGAUUAAAAAUAAUAAUUAUAACCGUGGAUAGUCGCGAGAAUCGCUACAUAACUCGAAGGACGAUUCCGUCUCGUGAAAAAUAGAAAAAACGUACGUACAACAAGUACACCUAUAUUCGAAGAUUGAUCGAUACUAUCGAGUUGAAAGACCACGCGUACGCGUGCGCGGAACGAGAUGAAAUGAUAGAAAAGAAUAAACAUACACGGAAAGAGAAGCGAAUGGAAUUUCCCGUACAACUCGUGUGCUUUAUUUCGUGAUGCUGGAUGCGAGUCCGCGCAUACUUAUACACGUAUAUUAUAAAAUAAGUAUGCGCAAACACACGGCGUGCGAAUAAUGGUUCGUAAUAAUGUAAUAAACGCGUGUGUCAGCACGACAUUGAUGUACAAAAGUGAGAGAGAUCUGAAUGAUGAAAAAAAGAAAAAAUAACAAAAAAAAAAAACAAAAAAUGGGAUUAAAAAAAAGAUAUAAAACAAAAACACCUAUCGGAGGAAGAUGAUGGGAGAAAAUAAGACACGCGCGGUCGAUUAGCCAUAGAAGAAACUUUCACGAUUAUACAAUAUUACCGCCGAGAUCGAGCGCAGCUGGCUGCGGAAGGUUAUCAUAGAAAAAGUGAAGAAAAAAAAACAGAGAGAGAGAGAGAGAAAAAGAGAGUAAUAUAAAUAAUGAUAGUUAAAGAAAAUUAAAGAGAGUGAGAGCAGAGCGAGCGAGAGAGCGUGAAAUGUAUGAACCCGGAGAAGCAGAGAUCGUUCGUCACUGGUGAAGUACGAUCGAGUAUUGUACCUUAACAUUCCUUUGGCUAUAAAGAGAAAAGUUGAAGAAAAAAAUAAACCAAGAGUAUAGUAAGUUUAAGAAAACGUGCUAGAAACGAUCCAAUGUCAUCCGUGACCGGCGCGUGAUUUUCUUUUUCUUUUUCUUUUUCUUUUUUUCCCCCGUUUAUCCAUUUUUUUUUCGUUGUUGCCUCGUUUCGCCAUAAACAUUUUAAACCGUCUUUUUUUAACUUUUUCGUUCGCUUCCGCGACGUUAUAUCGUCGCCGGAACUCGUUCCUCGAAAAUUCUGACCGAACGACGCAAUCAUACAUACAUACACCCACCACAUGUUACAUCCGAAAUGUCAUGAAGGAAAUACUAUAUAGAAUAACAAGCAUACUCGUCAUCCUCAAAGUUGUGUCAAAUCAUCGAUAGUAAUAAUACUACACUUUGCUUAAAUUUGCUUCUUUUCCGGAUUAUACGCCGCAUCGUUGAUUAUAUCAUUGAACGAGAUACGUUUCCCUUUCGGCGCGCGCUCGUCGUUGGCUCGAAAAUUCGGCAAAUUAACGGAGAUAUUUGAUUUUUAUCCUCCAUCACUUUCACAACUCGGGUAGCGAGAAAAUCGACGAAAUUUCGAGCUGUUUCCUCGCGCGACGCAAGAGAGACGGCGUUCUUGCAAUUUUUCAUUCAUUUCGUUUCUCUCCGUUUUUUUAUCAUCCGUAUAAUUGCAUUGUACAAACAAACAAACAAACAAACAAACAAAACAAGAAAAGAUAUUUAGAUGCCUUUUGUAUUGAUUUUUGAGGCACAAAUCCAAAGUUACGAGCAUCUUUUGCCCCAUACAUGUACAUAUAUCUCUUAUGUGUAUAUACGUACGUAUGAAUAUAAAUAUAGAAAAACAGUUGAAUAAUGAUAAUCGUGUUAGCCAAGAUUAUGAGGAAAAUAAAUCAAAGAGGUUCGAUAUUUCGAUUAUAAACGAAACAAUCCUCCGCGUCGCGUCUCUAUCGACUAUAAGUGAAUUUUAUUAUCAAACGAGUAAACCGUUAUUUUGUUUUAUUCAUCUUUCAACCGACUAUUUCUAUAUCCGUGAUUAAUCGUAUGUAUUUCGAAAUUUAACAAAUAUCUAUAUAAAUAUAUAUUGCGUUUUGUUUUAAUGAUGAUAAAAAUGAUAGACAUGUGUUGGGCAAAAGAGAGAAGAAAAUGAAUUUGUUCAUGCAUCACACAUGGCUUGCCAGGCUGUAGGUAAUACCUUUUUAUUUAUUUACGGGCACAUAAUUUUUGUAUAUAUAAAUAUGCGUAUAUACGUAUCCGUCAUAUAUCAUAUAUAUGUAUACAUAUAUUUAUUUUUUAGAGAUUCUCUGUAUAUGUAUUCACGAAAUUCUCCUUUCUCCAUAUGUCAUCAUCCCUCCCCGCCACCCCCCUCCAGCCCCAACGCUCCGACGCGUGUGUCAGUCGAGAAGCGAAAUAGAGUAUGGUAAUAUUAAUUAUGAUCGCAAUUAUGACGAAGUAGAAAAGAGAAAAAGAAAGAAAUAAAAAAUAAUACGAAAGAAUGAAAGAAGGAUAAGAAUUUACCAUUAAUGAAGAAAAAAACUAGAAAAAAAAAUGAAUUAAUUAUAUUAUCUACUAUACAUUCUGUCGACUCCUCCUGCCCGACGCCCUCCCACCACACAUUUAUUUGCAUCUCCACCACCAAACUGUUAAUUCUUUCAUCCAUUCGAGCGUAUGACUUUUUUUUCUUUUUUUUUCUCUCCUUCUUUCCAUUUUCAAUGUUAAAUAAUUAUAAAAGUAAAAAUAUAAUAUAUUAACUAUUUUCAUUCAUGAGGAAGCAUCGUUACCUGUAUGACAAGUGAUCAUAAGAGCAUAAUAAACAAUCGCUCAUCAAAUGCAUUACGUUGUUAUUCAUUUCACAAUAUCCCCAAAUGCAACCAGAAAAUAAAGAAACAAUCUACCAUAUCCAUCAAUGAAAAAGAAAAUAAAGAAAACAAAAAAAAACUUCAUUUUUGGACGCGUGAACAAAUAAAAAAGAAAAGGAAACUCUCGCGAACAAUUUUUUUUUCGCAUCCGACGAGGUCCAUCAAUCGAACAUUACUUCGUCGUUCGAGAAAUUAACAACAAAAACAAAGAUCAUAGCUUUUUUCGUUCGUUCAUAAUGACGUUAUAAACGCUCAUAAUCGUGUGAUUUUUUCGAUCAAGAUUUGUCGAUCUGAAAUAAAAAGACUCUGCGUUAUGAAAGUACAAUUAAGCUGUAAUACAUAGAUUUUAAAUGAUGUGAUGUUAAAUCGAAAUCAGGAAGGUCGCAUACCUAACGAUAAUAAUAAUGAUAAUGAUAACAAUACUGAAAUAAUUAUAAGUUGACAAAAAGUGAGCGUGAGGAAGCGCGUUGGUUGGUCUUCGCCUUCCUGCAUUUUGAUGAAAUUGUACAAAUGUUGUUCUUCAACCUCCGUGUAAGAUAUUAAGAUUUGCCGCAGCUAAUCGAUUUUAAGUAUAUGAGAGUGCGUAUAUAUAUGAUAUAUAAAAAUAUUGGAAUAUCAAAAGAAUAAAUAUUUAGAUUUCUUUCAUCUCGGAUGAUCAGUGUCGUCACAGUGAUAUUAAUUUCGAAAUAUUUUUGUCAAGUGACGACGACAUAUUCAAACCCCAGCGAUAUUGUUUUGAGCUGUGAAAAAAAAACUGUAUAUACGAUAACUUCAUUUUUGUAUGAUCUCUCGUUUGUCCGAAAUCACGAUCCAAUCUACAAUUUACGAGACAAACAUCGCAUAAUCCUUUUACGUUCAUCCAACAUUCCACUCAAUUUUCAGUUACGAGCUUGAAAAAAGAAUAAAAAUACAUUCUAGACCCACGAGCAAAGCUGCUACUAGUCAAUAAUUAAGUAAAUGUAUUUUUUUAUGGAAUGAUUUUGAGAAGAAUAAUAAAGAGAGUUAUUAAUAUGGAAA